AUAAAAACUACCGCUCUACUUGGCCUUUCCGCGAUGGCUGAGACUAGGGUUUCAGUGGCGACGGUUGCACGACAUGAGGGAGCGCAGCGAAGCCAGCACAACCGCGGUGGACAAGCGUCCCCAUAGACGAGAUCCAUGGCGGAGCGCUGGAAGAGCGUCUUCUCCGUGCCGAAGGCCGAGAACGCGCGGCCGACGGGACGAUGGCCGGCGGCGAAGCCCAAGGCGUCGGACCUGCUCGCCCGCAGCCUUGACUGCAGCCUCGACCGCAAGGACUCCAUCCUCGCCGCCAUCCACCUCUUCCGCCGCUCUAUGGCCUUCGACUCCACGACAUCUCUCUCGUCGUCGGACCCAGCCGCUCCAGACCUCUACGCGUCCUCUGACACCGACAUCGUCUCCUCUGGUAGCAACUCGGUAGCCAGUGAUCCGCCGCGUCAGGGCAUCAGCGUGCCGGCGAGGUUCUGGCAGAAAACCAAUAGCCGCAUGCUACAUGCAAGCUCAAGAAUUGCAAUAAGCGGUAGGUCUGAUUUUGGAAGCAGGAGUCGUUACAUCACAUUGGAUGCACCUGGCUCAUCGUCGUUACUCUUCACCUGGCACAGUGGCACCUAACACGUGUGCAUUAUGUUGAGUCUUCAAGAAGAACGUCAUCAGCACCGAGGUGGAUGUCCUGCAAGUGCAGUGCAACAUGGCGCUCUGGACUAUUCAAGAUUCAAGUCAAAUUAGGCUAAGAUGUUUACAAUGCCGAGACGAUUGGAAGCUGCAAUUUGUGAAUCUAUGGUCCAUAACUUCUAUAGUUGUUUACAAGCACAAAAGAGCAAAUAAUUUAUUGUUCCCUUAUGCCAUAUCACACUUUGAUGUUUCCAUGUCACAGGGGGAGUUCUGCUUACUUCAAAAGAACACUGACAAGCUAGAUUUAAGACGACGAGUUCACAUGGCUAUAGACAUUAUGAGUACUGUUUAUCUAUAAAGUUCUUUGAAAUUGCAGGCCAAAUCAAUGAUUGAUAUUGUUUUUUGUAAUUAACAAUGAUUAGCAGAGAAUUGGAUAAACAUUCUGUGUUGUCAAGAAGCAUAAUGAAUAAAACAGAGAAGCAUUACCGUGUCA